UACCAAAUACGCGCAACUUCAUGGGCGCCAGCUCUUUAAACAAAUUUACGUGAUAUAACAUUUUCGUUCAAUUCAAUCUAAAGUGUUCUACAACAAGGAAAGUAAGAUGUCCUGUCGAUAUAUUGCGCUUGGGAGGCAAGGCGAACGACUUAUUAAUCGAUUGAUUCACAGUAACUGCAAAAUAACAGACGCCCAGAGAAGCGUGCAUUUUCUAACAAAGCUUUCGAAGCCAGGAUAUAUCCAGUCGAUUGUCAAGCAGUGGGCUAUUCUUAGACAAGAUGUGCCAAAAGGAUUUGAAAAAUUCUUCAAACCAGGAGGAAAGAAAACUAGUUCAAAACCGUCCAGUUCUAAGCCACAACCAAAACAGAAAUUAGACCCACCACCAAAAAGAACAAUACCACCAGAAAAAGACAAAAUUCCAGAAUUCUUUAACUUUAAGCCUGGGACUGGGGGUGGAGGUAUAGGGGGUCAGGACCCCAACAGCAAGAUGAUCCUGGGGGUAGUCAUAGGUAUCGGGUUGGUAGCAUUUGCAGGCAUGUACAACACUAGCUAUAGGGAAAUCACGUGGAAGGAAUUCAUCAAUAACUAUGUUAACAAAGGCGUGGUGGAAAGGUUAGAGGUUGUAAAUAAGAAGUGGGUGAGAAUAAAGCUACAACCGGGCACUCAGAUAGAUGGCUCUAGUACUAUAUAUUUCAACAUUGGAAGUGUGGAGUCAUUUGAGAGAAACUUAGAGAAUGCGCAGUUAGAGAUGAGCCUUGAUCCGUCAAACUUCAUCAAUGUCAUCUACAAAAGUGAAACAGAGUGGGCAUCUGUAGCAUAUUCCUCCUUGAACUUCCUCAUCCCAAUAGGUAUCCUUAUAUUUCUGUUUAGACGUAUGGGCUCAAUGGGAGCAGGGGGUAUGGGUGGACCCAAGGGAGGCAAAGGAGGUGCAGGUGGAAUGUUUGGAUUUGGCCAGUCAACAGCUAAAGUUAUCAACAAAGAUGAAUUAGGAGUUAGAUUCAAAGAUGUUGCAGGUUGUGAGGAGGCCAAAUUAGAAAUUAUGGAGUUUGUAAACUUCUUAAAGAAUCCUCAGCAGUACAUAGAUCUGGGUGCCAAAAUACCUAAAGGUGCAAUGCUUACAGGUCCUCCAGGGACUGGUAAAACCUUACUUGCCAAGGCCACUGCUGGUGAGGCCAAUGUUCCUUUCAUCACUGUGUCUGGUUCAGAGUUCUUGGAGAUGUUUGUUGGUGUAGGACCUUCUAGAGUGCGAGAUAUGUUUGCUUUAGCUAGGAAAAAUGCCCCUUGUAUCCUUUUCAUAGAUGAGAUUGAUGCGGUUGGGAGAAAGCGAGGUGGCAAAAGCUUUGGUGGGCAUAGUGAACAGGAAAACACUUUAAAUCAACUUCUAGUGGAGAUGGAUGGAUUUAACACACAGACCAAUGUAGUCAUAUUAGCAGCAACCAAUAGAUCAGACAUCCUUGACCCUGCAUUGAUGAGACCUGGCAGGUUUGACAGACAGAUCUUUGUAGGAGCCCCUGAUAUAAAGGGAAGGGCCUCAAUAUUUAAGGUGCAUUUAAAGCCUCUUAAAUCUUCUACAGAUAAAGAUUCACUUGCGAGAAAGAUGGCAGCACUUACUCCAGGUUUCUCAGGUGCUGACAUUGCCAAUGUGUGUAAUGAGGCAGCCCUCAUCGCAGCAAGAGACCUCAGUGAGAGCAUCACCCUCACACACUUUGAGAAUGCCAUAGAACGUGUCAUCGCAGGUUUGGAAAAGAAAACUCAAGUGCUCCAGAAAGAUGAGAAGAGAACAGUUGCAUACCAUGAGGCUGGACAUGCUGUGUCUGGGUGGUACCUAGAGUAUGCUGACCCGCUAUUGAAGGUAUCUAUCAUCCCAAGAGGAAAAGGUCUUGGCUAUGCUCAGUAUCUCCCUAAGGAACAAUUUCUCUACACCCGUGAACAACUCUAUGACAGAAUGUGCAUGACAUUAGGAGGACGUGUCUCAGAACAGAUUUUCUUCAGUAGGAUAACUACAGGCGCCCAGGAUGAUCUUCAGAAGGUCACUCAGAGUGCCUAUGCCCAGAUUGUCCAAUUUGGGUUCAGUGACAAGGUUGGCCAGCUAUCCUUCCAACAGCCGCAGCCAGGUGAAAUGGUAAUGGACAAGCCUUACAGUGAGCAGACAGCACAGAUGAUUGACCAAGAGGUUAGGGAACUUGUGAAGUCAGCUUAUGACAGAACACUAGAACUGCUAACCAAACACAAGGCAGAUGUUGAGAAGGUUGCUUUGAGGCUGCUUGAACAAGAGAAGUUAGAUAAAGCUGACAUGGUAGACCUACUAGGGGAAAGGCCAUUUGCUGAGAAAUCAACAUAUGAGGAGUUUGUCGAGGGAACGGGUUCAAUGGAGGAAGAUACAUCACUACCCAAGGGCCUAGAGAAUUGGAAUCGUGACUCAGAAGAUGCUGAAAAGGACAAUGAAAAUGAAUCUAAAGAAAAAUCAGCGACUAACUGAUACAGAUAAAUACUAGGCAAUAUUUUUAAAUUACAAAUACCGGUAGCUGAGCUAGUAUGUUAACUUAUUGAUAUUCAAAUAUCACAUAUUGAAUCAGUUUAUUUCUAGUGUGAUAUUUCGCUCUAUCUUGACAGUUCUGAAUUGAUACCUGAUGAACUCAAUAUGCAUAUGGACUGUACAAAUAAGUGAUUUUAAUAGACUAAACUGGGUCAUUCUAGACUCAUGGACUAGAUUGAUGGAUCUAUCAUUUCUUGUAUGAUUGAAUGCAUUCACAUUUAUCCACUGACUGCAAGAUUUAAACUUGAUUUCAUUAAUGAGUUUUGCUGACUCAAGAAAGUCAC